AUGUCAAUGCUUAUGCGACGGUCGUUACUGGCGCGUCGCUUUCGCGUCUUCACGGCGUCGUCUCUGUCUCUAAAUCAACGUGCUUCCUUCUUCUCAUUCCCGUCUCCAUCUCGGCCACUGGUCAAGUCGCACACUGAGACACGUGUCGUUCCUUUUUCGCGUACUCAAAUGUUUGACGUCGUGGCUGAUGUAAACCGAUACAGCGAGUUUCUUCCCUUUUGUGUCGAGUCUCGUGUCCUUCGAAGACCGAAUGAUAAUGUUAUGGAAGCGGCGUUACGUGUUGGCUUUAAUAUAUUUACAGAGGCUUAUACGUCCCGUGUGCUUAUGAUCCGACCCGACAAAAUUGCAACGAAAGCGAUUGACUCGCCGACGUUUAAGCGGAUUGAGAGUGAGUGGAUUUUUAAGCCAUGUAAUACCCCUGGAAGCUGUGAGAUUGAAUUCAAGGUCACAUUUGAAGUCUCGUCGUUCCUGCAUGCAAACGCUAUCCAGCUUUUUUUCGACGAUGUCGCUCUCACCCAGCUUAACGCGUUCAUUGGACGAGCUCGAAAGAUGUACAAGUCGACUCCGCAGUCAGUUCCACCAAUUUCUUUGAAGAAGGACGAAUCUGUUUUGUUGGUGGAAGGGUCCACUGCAGAAACUGCAGAAACUGAUGCGUCUAAAAGGACCGAUUCGGCUUUGUCAUCCGAAAAUGACAAAGCACUGUUACAAGCGCCGGAAGGAAGAGCAUCACGCCGCAUCAAAGGUUGCAUUUCCACGCAAAACUACAAAGAUCUGGCUGCUGUAUUCGACGACUACGCCGACAAGAACGGCAAACUUUACUACGGAGGGUUUACGGCAGCUUGCAUGGCACUCAGUGGCGAGUAUGAAGACAUGAAGGACGUCAGUGAAAGUGCCACGCUAGCGGGAGCAGUUUUUUCCAGCUUCGAGACGCAUGCUACACCGAAGGAUUGGCUCACGCUGGAUGAGUUUGUAGUUGGUGUGUAUUUGAUGACCAAGGGCACAUUCGAGCAAAAAGCACACAACCUAUUUGAGGCUGUAAAUUCUACUGGGAACGGCAAAAUUACUCGUGAGGAGCUGACACGUGCAAUGCAACACCGAAUUUGCGCUGUGAAGAAGCUUUUCCCCAAUUUGCUGCGUGACCAAGUACAGAUCCAAAUGGGAAACCAAACGUCCGAAGAGCUGUCAUCCGUCCAAGAGGCAGCUGUUGCGACUGGUGUUCAGGCUAUUGAGCAGCUGAUGGAGGCGGUUGAAAAAGAAAUACCAUUCGCCGUGAAUCAGAUCUUCCGUGAAGCCGACCUAGAUCAAGACGACUACAUCCGCGAGGAGGAAUGGAUGUUCGCGUGGCAGGCGCACCCGGAGUUUGUGGAGUUGCUGACUAUCGACGGCAUGAAAAAGAUGGCUCAGUGGGCUUCGGUCGUCCAAGAUGUCAAUAGCAAGGAUAAUCACGACGAUGAUGACAAGACGAACCCUUCUGGGCAGAGCCUUGACACAAGGCUAACGUAUGUGGAUUGA